ACGAACAAAGAUUGACUCUUAGAACUUUGGUGGAUUGGAUGAGAAAUAACGACACUUGAUUACUGGAUUAUAAAGGUCGAUGCAGAUGGCCACCAAGUAUAGAGGGCUUCCGGACAUAGAUACUGCUCCAGAUAUCUUUGAGACUACUGAUGAGCCAGAGAUUGUUCUCAAGCCGAGCGAUGUUAGGUCAGGAGACGAGGACUCUGUUUUGAAGCCCGUGUCAGAAGACAUUGACGCCGGUGGGUUACCCUCCAGGCGUAAAGCUGAGCGCGUCUUUGCUCGGGGUACAAGAAAGCCAGAAUUGUCCACUCUCUCCUUUAGACCUCGACUUCCACCUCUUUCACGCUAUGCGUCAUCAUCGUCCGAUACCGAUGAAGAGCCACCUUUACCACGGGAGACUCCAGCAGCACGAUUGAGACGGUUGAAAGCAGAGCUGGCCGAGAUUGAGGCUGAAGUGGGAUCAUCGUCCCCUUCCAAAACCCAGUCGAUAUCACAUGAAGGGAGCGGAGCAGGAAAGAGGAGGUCUGUUCUUCCGCCGAGGCAACCUGUGGAUGUUGUGUCGGAAUUGGCGAAUGUGAGAGAGCGCCUUGAGCGGGUAGAAAUUGAUGGAUUGGAUGUUGGGCAGGUCGUGGCAGUGGGGAUGGGACCCAGUUCUGAAUGGAGAGAGAGGUUGGAUAAGUUGGUAACGGCUGAGAAUCGCUCUGGGAAAGGCAAAGUUGCUCAGUCUACAGCAGUGGGACAACAAGAUAGCAGUCUGUCCGAUAUAGACAAACGACUUGCUGCGCUUGAGCAAGUGGUUGGACCGACUACUGACGGACUGGAUCAAACAUUGUCGCCUUUAGUUCCCACACUGAACAAGCAUGACCAUCUCCUCACUCUACUUACUCAACCUCGGCAUCUCGACGCCAUUUCGCGCCGUGUGAAACUAUUGUUGGUUGACCUUGACAGGGCUGCUGCUGCUUCAAGGCGAACAGGUGCAGGUGGAGCGGCAAUCCCCCAACAAUCAAGCGAAAAAGCAGUUACAAACCUCUCCCUGACGCAAGGCGAAUACACUCAACUUCAAUCAUUAUUUUCAGUACUGCCGAGGUUGGACCCUCUCUUACCUAUUCUCACUCCACUUCUUGCUCGUCUGCGAUCGUUAUCGGCCCUGCAUUCUGAAGCGAGCGAGAUCGCCGUUUCGCUUCGAGAAUUGCAAAGUAGAGAUAAGAAGAAUGCAGAAGAAAUAAACGAGCUUGAUGAGGUUGUAAAAAGUGUGCAAACAGGUUUAGGUGAUGCAAUUGCGGCAAUCAAGAAGAACUGGGAGGGCUUAGAGAAAAGGAUGAUGGGCUUAGAGCAAAGGUUGAAGGACAUGGAGCGUCAGAUAUAGACCCAGCCAGAAUGGAGAAUAUUCUGCAUUGUAUAUGACUAUACCCAAUGUAUAUCUAAGGCCUCAAAACUUUACUCUCCACUGUCUCCUUUUUCACCGGGAAUGGAUAGAUGCCCUCUUUCAUCUCAGGCUCGCCGCUGACAACGCCCAUAACUUGGUACUGCGAACCCAUGCCUAAAACAUCGAUCAGCCUUUUAGCGCCUUUCUCAAUAGCUUCGCGUCUCUCUGGUGGGGCAGUGUCAAGAAGCUUGCGGAGACGGGGUUGGAGGCCCAAGGAAAUAAGAAAUUGAGCUUGGGAGAUGGGGCCGAGGGGUGUCGCUGUGAAAGUUGGGUUCUUCGGAUUAGUCCUUGACCAACAUAUUUGAGAGAAUCGAAACUCACCUGUACCGGUGAGCGAUUCGCGGAGAUACGCAAAGUCGACGUUGGCAGUUAAAUCACAGUUUCCAGGGUCUUCAAACACAUCCACAAUCUCGUGUUUCCUGAAUGCCUGUAACGAGUCGCCCACAUCAGCCCU